AUGGAUUGGACUUUGAGGAAGACAACUUCGUCAUCAUGGGACAUACCUGAAUUUGAGCAAGAAAACAGUUUGGGAGGUGAGCAGAUUAAAGUUGAUUUUUCAGUUGAUUUGAAGCUAGGUCAUGUAGUGAAUGCCGGCGACAGCAAGUCCAGGGACAAUUUAGCGGCUCCAGGCGUCCCUAAGAAGGCGUUGAUGCCACCGGUGGGUCCGUCGAAGAGGGCACGGGCAGUGGACGGUGGAGUUAACGUGGCGUACUGCGUGGUGGAUGGUUGUAAUGCGGACCUUAGUGGGUGUAGGGAGUACCACAGGCGCCACAAGGUCUGUGAGAUGCACUCUAAGGCUCCGGAGGUCACAAUCGGCGGCCUCAAGCAGCGUUUCUGUCAGCAGUGCAGCAGGUACUCCCUCACAUUUCCGCCUUGCCCGGCGCAAAAAGCUUGUUAA